CGUAAACAAUGGCAAUUGACUUCGAGAAGAAAAAAAUCAGGUUAAAAAAUCCUUUACUCGAGUAGAGGACGAAGAGCGUUGUUGAUGUUGCGUCGUGGAUUCGUGCUACUGUGAUCUUGAGCCGUCUGUGACCUUUGUCUGAGAUUUGGCCGAGUUGAUGUGACAGGAUCAAAGUCUGGGGAGAGCUUAGAGACAACGUCUCCGUUUACGUGUGUAGUGAGCAGUGGGACACUUCCUAGCCGUCAUAAUGAAGGUCAAAAUGGAGGGCUUCCAGAAACUGCAAGAGGACCUUGAGAAGGUUAUUGAGAAGGAUGAUUCCAACAGCUCGGUGACAACAGACUCAGAAGAAUUGAAGACGACCCGACGCACCUGUCGAGAGAAAACGCGCUACAUCCUCCAGACCACCAAGUUCCAGAUCGCUGUCAUCUUACUGGUCAUACUGGACUGCUUGUUUGUGAUCUGUGAACUGCUGUUAGACUUGAGGGUGUUCACCCUUGAGGAAGGCCAUGUGGCACCAGAAGUCUUUCAUUACUUCUCUCUCUCAAUCUUGGCAAUUUUCAUGGUAGAAAUUGCCGUAAGACUCUACGUGCUGAGACUGGAAUUCUUGAAGCACAAACUGGAAGUAUUUGACGCUAUUGUUGUUGUUGUGUCGUUUAUUUUGGACAUUGUGUUCCGCAAUAGCCAAGGCCCAGAGAGCGGGGUUGGAUUACUGGUGGUGUUGCGACUCUGGAGGGUGACACGCAUAUUAAAUGGUAUAGUCAUGUCUGUUAAGAAGCAGUCGGAAAAGAAGGUGGAAAAGGAGCAUCGAUUGCGCGAGGCAUGUGAGCAGGAGCUCAGCAAGUUCAGGGAUUACUGCGCUAAUCAGGAGAGAGAAAUUGAAUAUCUGCGGGGACUCCUCCGUAAACAUGGAAUAGAGGUCGCUGAAAGGGUCCCAAAACCCGCCCCGGUGCAGACUAUUAAUGUGGUGGCGGAGGUGAAUGAAAUUAUUGACAAGAGCAGUUCACCAGAGAUCAAAGAGAAGAGGGACAGUGUCAGUACUUGACCUGACCUUGACCCAGGACCUCGUUAUUACAUGUGCCUUAUGCAGUCAUUCACCUGACUGACCUUUACCUCAUCGCAGCUCAUCAUGUAUAUGGAACUAGGCCUAUAUCAGCCUUGACCUCACACCCUUGACCUGGCAAGUGACCUUCACCUGGGAGUCUGAUGGCAUUAUUGUGCUAAAUAUACAUAUACAGCAGAAACUUUGUUCACCCUCGCUACAUUAUACUCAGAAAUGUUUUCUGUGUCCUAUCAUGUUGGUGUUGGCAUAACUGUCAACUCCUGGUGAUCGACGUUCAUGUAUAGCUGCAUCAGUUUUUCAGGCAGAAUUUUGUAAGUAGAGGAUGUGAAGUUCUGAGAUUUAUUUGACUAUUGUUUUACGCUGUACCCAAGAAUAUUUCACUUAUAAGACAGUGUCCAGCAUUAUGGUGGAAGGAAACAGGGCAGAGCCCUUGGGAAACCCACAACCAUCUGCAGGUUGUUGGCAGAUCUGCCUCGUAAGGCUGGAGAGUAAGCCAGCAUGAGCUGGACUUGAACUCACAGCGACUGCACUGGUGAGGCCCCUGGGUCAUUGCUGGCAUGUUAACCACCUCGGCCAUGGAGGCCCCCUGAAGUUCUGACAUUGCUGCUUAAGGUUUGCAUGACAUGGUUCAUUUUGCUGCAAAACAGACCCAAACAGCUGGUCUGUAUUAAUGUUCAAGCAUUGUGACUCUCAGAUGCGCACAAUUCAACAAAUUUUGUGCAUUUUAUAUUUUAUCCUGCGUCAGACAAGAUACUCUGCUUUUCAUUAGAAAACAAUGGUCAUGUAGGGUACAAUUAUAUUCUCGAAUCCUGCAGAUGUCAAAUGUGUCUGCUGAGCAGAUUAUCUCCGUUUGCUGGGGUCCAACGAUGGUCACAUCGCCGAAGCGAUUCACCUAUACAUUGGGCUUUUGCACUGAAUUGAUGGGGUCUUUGCGGGGUUAAUUCGUUACAUGGUGACUCAGAGAUAGGAUAUGCAAAUAUAUAGUGUCAGUAACCCUCAUAUUGGGCGCGGCAAUACGAGGAUUAUUUGGGUAUCCUAUCUCUGAGUCACCAUUUAACUAAUAGAAUCUUACAACAAUAGAAUCUUAUUUAGAAUCUUUACCUGAAAUAAAGUUUUGGAGAGAAAAAAGCUGAAUAUUGGGCUAUAACCAAAGCCUGUAAUGUUGUAGCAGGCAUGACUAGGUUGUCCUUUCGCACCAGUAAUUGUAGUAUUUGUAGAUUCCAAUUGGAGACAUUUAUAUAUUUUGUAGGUAUACAUUUAUUUAUGGGUAUAUAUAACGUAAAAUGUGUUAUGUUUUAUGUAUGUAUACAUGUACAUAUAAACAAGAACUGAUGGUGCUCUGUCGAGUGCACUCAUUAUAAACUAAGCACUCCAUGUAAACUGUUUCUUUACACUCACAUUCAGGCCAUCCUUGAAGAAUUCUUCAUUGGGCAUAACCUAACCCCAUCUGAAAAUUGGACUGGUGGCAGGGAACUUUCUUCCUGAGUAUUGAUGAAAAAGAUAGUAAAGAAUGAAAAGUUGAGAAAAAGUUUAAAAAAACAUAAGAGUAGGGUUGUUUCUUCAAGGGUCAGUCAGGUUAUGCUCAAUGAGCGUGUUUUUAACGAUGUUCUCAGCCUGUACUCUAAUCUCCACUUUACUUAUUUGUUUCUAAUAUACACAUACAUGUGUAACAAUACUUAUGUGUUGUCUUUUUGACCUUCACGAAAUGAUUUUUGCAUCCAUGGAACCAUACGAGAUUUUAGUUUUCUUCCCUUUUUAUUUUAUGUACAAGUACCUUACAUGCUAUCUACUGGUAUUCUUUUUACCCUUUGUGCCUAUACUCAUAAAACUUGCCAUUUUCAUGAAUGUACACUGUCUUGUAGUCUUUCUAUGUGAA